AUGGACGCCGUUAUAUUCAAUGGGCCUUGGACAAUAGACGUGGAGAAGCGUCCAAUACCAACUGUGACAGAACCCACGGACGCCAUCGUCAAGGUGACAUCGGCAGGCAUCUGUGGUUCGGAAUUGCACAUGUAUCGUGGUCACCAGAAGACUCCAUGCUCAGAUACUAACAGUGGGCAUCACAUCCAGGGACACGAAUUCGUGGGAUAUAUCGAAAAGAUCGGACCAGAGGUUCGCAACUUCAACGUUGGGCAGAAAGUCGUCUCCACGUUCUCUCCUGUCUGCAUGUCUUGCUGGUUUUGCCAACACGGCUAUCCCAAUCGGUGCCCUAAAGGGUUCGCACCAUUUGGCACCCAAGGUCUAGCUGGAGGGCAGGCUGAGUACGUCCGGGUGCCGUGUGCAGACGGCACACUCAGGGCGACGCCGGAAAAUGUCGAGGAUGACCUUUUGAUCAUGAUGUGCGACAUCUUCCCCACUGGCUACUAUGGCGCCAUGAGAGCUAUCGAGUUUUUUCGGUCGCCUGAUCUGGGGAACGGAAGUGAUGCUUACUCCUUUGAAAAAAGCCAAAGCCGCCUGUCAAAGUCGCAAUCACUCACAGAGGCAGUUUUUGUUUGCCUCGGCUGCGGGCCAGUAGGCCUCUGCGCAAUCCUGACCGCGCGAUCCAAAGGGGUGAGAACGAUUUACGUCGUCGACAGUGUCGACGACAGGCUAGAACAGGCGGCAAACAUGGGCGGCAUUCCGCUCAAAUUGGGCCAGGACGACAUAGCAGAAACGAUAAACAAAGCAACGGAUGGCCGCGGUGCCGACGCUAUCAUUGAAGUGGUUGGCAGCAAGUCGGCAUUGAGAUCGGCUUUUGAUAUGCUGAGACCUUGUGGUGUCUUGUCGUCGAUUGGCUUCCACCAAGGGGAUCUUCCCUUCACUGCUCUCGAAUGCUACCAAAAGAACCUGAACAUCAAUCUUGGACGUGCACCAGUGAGCGCAGUCUUCGACGAGGCAUUGGAGAUUGUCAUGGCAAACAAGGCAAAGCUCGCGAGCAUGGUAACACAUCGGCUACCAUUGUCGGAGGCAGCGCAUGGAUAUGAAAUUUUUGAGAAGCAGUUGGCGAGAAAGGUCGUUUUGAAGCCUCAAUGA